AUGGGCGAAUGGGAUGUGCUGGGCCGCCUGCUGGAUAAAGUGCAGAGUCACUCCACGGUGAUCGGCAAGGUCUGGCUCACCGUGCUGUUCGUCUUCCGCAUCCUGGUCCUGCGCACCAGCGCCGACAAGGUGUGGGGCGACGAGCAGUCCGACUUUGUGUGCAACACCCUGCAGCCCGGCUGCGAGAUCGUCUGCUACGACGUCGCCUUCCCCAUCUCUCACGUUCGCUUUUGGGUCUUUCAGAUUAUCGCCGUGGCGACUCCAAAGUUGCUCUACCUGGGUCACGUGCUCCACGUGCUCCACCUCGAGAAGAAGAUGAAGGAGAGAAUCAAGAAGCGGGCCGAGUUGGGCGACCAGGGCAGUCUGUUCCUCCGAAGGGCCUUCGAAGUCCCCAAGUACACCAAGAGCACCGGCAAGAUCAGCAUCCGCGGCAGUCUCCUCUGCAGUUACGCCCUCCAUCUCGUGGCCAAGAUAGUCCUGGAGGUUCUGUUCAUCGCGGGUCAGUACUUCCUGUACGGCUUCACCCUCCAGACUCGCUAUGUCUGCGAGAGCUUCCCGUGCCCCCACAAGGUGGACUGCUUCCUGUCCCGGCCGACGGAGAAGUCGGUCAUCAUCUGGUUCAUGCUGGUGUCGGCGCUCGUCUCCCUCCUCCUCAGCGUGGCGGAGCUGCUCUACCUGUGCGUGAAAGCGACGAAGGAGUGCAUGGCGAGGAGGCAGGGCUACACCGUGACGCCGGUGACGCCGCCGCACUCGGAAACUAAAGCGUUUCACUGCCGCGACGAGAUGCUCCAGAACUGUGUCAACCUGGAGCUGGAGCUCCAGGGGCGGAAGUUGGGGGCGGACGAGGACGCCGUGCCGGAGAGCAACGGCACGGGAGGGGAGGUCCGCAUCUGA